CGAAUUCGAUCCGGGGCCGGAUUGGACCCUACUUAACGGGGCCCGGGUGUCCGAGAGCGCGCGGAGCGGAGCGAAGCCAGGAGCCGGAGCAAGAUGAUGAUGGUUAUGCAGCCUGAGGGUCUGGGGGCCGGGGAGGGGCCCUUCGCGGGCGGCGGCGGGGGCGGCGAGUACAUGGAACAGGAAGAGGACUGGGACCGCGACCUGCUGCUGGACCCGGCCUGGGAGAAGCAGCAGCGGAAAACCUUCACUGCCUGGUGCAACUCACACCUGCGCAAGGCGGGCACCCAGAUCGAGAACAUCGAGGAAGAUUUCCGCAAUGGCCUCAAACUCAUGCUGCUCCUAGAGGUCAUUUCAGGAGAGAGGCUGCCCAGGCCAGAUAAAGGCAAGAUGCGCUUCCACAAAAUCGCCAACGUUAACAAGGCCCUGGACUUCAUUGCCAGCAAGGGGGUUAAGCUGGUGUCCAUUGGUGCUGAAGAGAUCGUCGAUGGGAACCUGAAGAUGACCCUGGGCAUGAUCUGGACCAUCAUCCUUCGCUUCGCCAUCCAGGACAUCUCGGUAGAGGAAACCUCGGCCAAGGAAGGCUUGCUCCUGUGGUGCCAGAGGAAGACAGCACCAUAUCGCAACGUGAACGUGCAGAAUUUCCACACCAGCUGGAAGGAUGGCCUGGCCCUCUGCGCUCUCAUCCACCGACACCGCCCCGACCUCAUCGACUACGCCAAACUGCGAAAGGAUGACCCCAUCGGCAACCUGAACACUGCCUUCGAGGUGGCAGAGAAAUACCUGGACAUCCCCAAGAUGCUGGAUGCAGAAGACAUUGUGAACACCCCAAAGCCAGAUGAGAAGGCCAUCAUGACCUAUGUGUCCUGCUUCUACCAUGCCUUUGCCGGGGCUGAGCAGGCAGAGACAGCUGCCAACCGGAUCUGCAAGGUGCUGGCGGUGAACCAGGAAAAUGAGAAGCUGAUGGAGGAGUAUGAGAAGCUUGCCAGUGAGCUUCUGGAGUGGAUCCGCCGCACUGUCCCGUGGCUGGAGAACCGUGUGGGUGAGCCCAGCAUGAGUGCCAUGCAGCGCAAGCUGGAGGACUUUCGGGACUACCGGCGCCUGCACAAGCCACCCCGCGUUCAGGAGAAGUGCCAGCUGGAGAUCAACUUCAACACGCUGCAGACCAAGUUACGGCUAAGCCACCGGCCUGCCUUCAUGCCCUCCGAGGGCAAGCUGGUCUCGGACAUCGCCAACGCAUGGCGGGGGCUGGAGCAGGUGGAAAAGGGCUAUGAGGACUGGCUGCUCUCAGAGAUCCGGCGCCUGCAGCGGCUCCAGCACCUGGCUGAGAAGUUCCGGCAGAAGGCCUCCCUGCACGAAGCCUGGACCCGGGGGAAAGAGGAGAUGCUGAGCCAGCGCGACUACGAUUCAGCUUCGCUGCAGGAAGUGCGGGCGUUGCUGCGGCGCCACGAGGCUUUUGAGAGCGACCUGGCGGCACACCAGGACCGCGUGGAGCACAUCGCCGCGCUGGCCCAGGAGCUCAAUGAGCUGGACUACCACGAGGCGGCCUCAGUGAACAGCCGCUGCCAGGCCAUCUGUGACCAGUGGGACAACCUGGGUACCCUGACCCAGAAAAGGCGGGAUGCACUAGAGCGGAUGGAAAAGCUCCUGGAGACCAUAGACCAGCUGCAGCUGGAGUUUGCCCGGCGGGCCGCGCCCUUCAACAAUUGGCUGGACGGUGCCGUGGAGGAUCUGCAAGAUGUGUGGCUGGUACACUCUGUGGAGGAGACCCAGAGCCUUCUGACAGCACAUGAUCAAUUCAAAGCAACAUUGCCUGAGGCUGACCGAGAGCGAGGCGCCAUCAUGGGCAUCCAGGGCGAGAUCCAGAAGAUCUGCCAGACCUAUGGGCUGCGGCCCUGCUCCACCAACCCCUACAUCACCCUCAGCCCGCAGGACAUCAACACCAAGUGGGACAUGGUCCGAAAGCUGGUACCCAGCCGUGACCAGACACUGCAGGAGGAGCUGGCACGGCAGCAGGUAAACGAGAGGCUCCGGCGACAAUUUGCAGCCCAGGCCAAUGCCAUUGGACCCUGGAUCCAGGCGAAGGUGGAGGUAAGAGCUGGGAUAGUGUGGCCAACCUGGGGGAGUGGGGCAAGGGCUGGGCCACAGGGAGUCGGGAGCUCUCAUGAUGACUGGGUACCCCUGCAGGAAGUGGGACGGCUGGCAGCGGGGCUGGCCGGCUCUCUGGAGGAGCAAAUGGCUGGGCUACGGCAGCAGGAGCAGAACAUCAUCAACUACAAAACUAACAUUGACCGACUGGAGGGUGACCACCAGCUGCUGCAGGAGAGCCUGGUGUUUGACAAUAAGCACACCGUCUACAGCAUGGAGCACAUCCGUGUGGGCUGGGAGCAGCUGCUCACCUCCAUCGCCCGUACCAUCAAUGAAGUGGAGAACCAGGUACUGACCCGAGACGCCAAGGGCCUGAGCCAGGAGCAGCUCAACGAGUUCCGAGCAUCCUUCAACCACUUUGACCGGAAGCGGAAUGGGAUGAUGGAGCCCGAUGACUUCCGAGCUUGCCUCAUCUCCAUGGGCUAUGACCUGGGGGAGGUGGAGUUUGCUCGCAUCAUGACCAUGGUGGACCCCAAUGCGGCCGGGGUGGUGACCUUCCAGGCCUUCAUAGACUUCAUGACCCGAGAAACAGCUGAGACCGACACGGCUGAGCAAGUUGUGGCCUCCUUCAAGAUCCUGGCAGGAGACAAGAACUACAUCACCCCUGAGGAGUUGCGGCGCGAGCUCCCCGCCGAGCAGGCCGAGUACUGCAUCCGCCGUAUGGUGCCCUACAAGGGAUCCGGGGCCCCGGCUGGAGCCCUGGACUAUGUGGCCUUCUCCAGUGCCCUCUAUGGCGAGAGCGACCUCUAACCUCAACCACUGACGUUCUCUAUGCAAGAUGGAGAGAGGGUGCACCCUGUGGUUGUUGAUCCCAUCUGUCCCUCAAGGGAAGAGCCUGAGAGAGUGACCGGCCAAGUGCUUCUGAAUAAAGAUCCCUCCGUGGGCCUCU